GGGCGGGGCUUCGAUCAGCAGGUUCUGGAACCGAGGCGGUUCUGUCAGAAAGUCUGCAGAGACUCCAGCAGCGUUCUCCUCUCUUCCUCCUGUUCUGUGAUUGGUUCCGGCCGACAGGUGAUGAUGUCGUCGGUGAAGGUGGAGUCUGUGGUGAAGGAGCACGCUCUGAUUGGUGAAGGGCCUGUGUGGGAGGAGUCAGAUCAGACCCUGCUCUUUGUGGACAUCGCCGGGCAGAAGAUCCACCGCUGGAAUCCGGCGACCAAUCAGAUCGCUUCUCUGGGGACAGGUGACACUGUGGGAUUCGCCGUCCCCCGCAGGUCGGGCGGUUAUGUGGCCGGCGUUGGCCGCAGCAUCGCAGCCGUUGAUUGGACGUCCCAGAAGGUGACAUCACUGGUGAGCGUAGAGGAGGACAAACCGGAGAACCGCCUGAACGACGGAAAGGUGGAUCCAUUGGGCCGCCUGCUAGCAGGGACGAUGAGGAAGGACGCUCAGACGGCGCAGGUGAAACCAGGAGCCUUGUACCUGGUGAACUCGGACCUGUCUGUGACCAAAGUCCUGAGCCAGGUGGACAUCUCCAACGGGAUGGACUGGAGCGACGACUUGAAGACUAUGUUUUACAUCGACAGCUUGGCGCUGAGCGUCGACGCCUUCGACUACGACUCCUCCACUGGACAGCUAGGUAACCGUCGGGUGGUAUACCGCAUGGCAGACGGGGAGGGGCUUCCUGAUGGGAUGACUCUUGAUGCUGCCGGUCGCCUCUGGGUGGCGUGUUACGAUGGAGGACGAGUCAUCCACAUCGACCCCGCCACCGGUAAACGACUGCAGACGGUCUCUCUGCCCGCCAUGAAGACCACCUCCUGCUGCUUUGGGGGCCCAGACUACUCUGAGCUGUAUGUGACCUCGGCCAGCCUGGGUCUGGACCAAUCAGAGCUGCAGCAGCAGCCGCAGGCGGGAAACACCUUCAGGGUGACUGGACUCGGGGUCAAAGGUCGAGCGUCACAUUCAUUCUCUGGAUGAUCUGCUGGAGGCGGGGCUUCUGAUCUUCAAAGGGCUAAUUAAUGAUUGAUCGCCGUUAGCAGCCGAUUAUAACUGGACCAAUCACAGGCUGCAGAGUGAAGAGCCAAUCAGAGAGAGAGUGGCCUUUCAUUGGUUGAUCGGCUGCAGGCAUUUAUUACUGAUUAAACUGGAUGAGAAAUGAGCUUCUCUGAUGAUGGAAAUAAAGGCAAACUGAAGCAUUA